AUGUUGCUGCUGGUAGUGCUUGUGGCCACAACCUCUUGGUCUUAUGGAUGUGCGCAGGAAAUUCCCAUUCAGAGUCCUAUAUCCAUCACCAAGUUAAAAAAAAGCGCACGGAUGACAUGUGAAAUUCAAACGUUAGAGACAAAUUUUGAUGGCAUCAUCAUACACUGGUAUAAGCAGAAGGAGGGUGAAGCUCCAGGGAGGCUUCUGUUUGUUUCAGGACGCAAAGUUACUGUUGAAAGUGGCUUUGACGCAAACAGAUACAUGGCUGAAGGAAAUUCUGUCCAGAAGCAGUGCAUUCUUACCAUAAAAGAUGUAAUUCCAGAUGAUGCUGCUACUUACUACUGUGCCUACACCGUGAUUGGUUAUUACAACAAGGUCUUUGGCACGGGUACCAAACUCAUUGUCUCAGAAAAAAAAAGUUCUCCCCCAACAAACUCUGAAAUCCUGAAGAGAAAACAUGAAAAUCAGACAACGUAUGUUUGCCUUAUUGAAAAAUUCUACCCAGAAGUUAUUAGGGUGAAAUGGACUGAUGAUGAAAAGGAGGUAACAGACAACGUAGUGAAAGGUGACACUUGGCAGUCCACAAAAGAGGAUAAAUACUCAAUUGCCAGCUGGUUAACUGUGCCAGCAGAGAAUGAAGAAAAGAACUACUACUGCAAAUAUGAGCAUGAAGAGGAAAAGGCUUCACUGUCAACACAAGAUUCUGUGGAGACAACUUCUCAGGAAGAGGACUGCAGAAGCAGAACAGUCUUUUUUAAUGGAGAUCAGUUAAGGCACAGGACAGCAUAUUUAGUGUACAUCAUCCUUCUUCUGAAGAGCUCCAUGUACUAUCUUAUCGUACUCUUCUUCAUCUGCAAAAUGUGGGCUUCAACCAAGCGCCGAGGAAAAAAAGUAUAAAUGCUGUUGUAAGAAAGGGUUGCAAAUUGAUCUUAAAUUUACUUUGCUGUAUGCUUAUCCAUAUAGACUCCCCUGCUCUCAGUGUUAGAUGUAACAGCAAAAAAAAAAAAAAAAAAUCCGGAAUAAUUUUCUGGUAUUAGUGCAUAAAGGUUUAUUUUGCUUUACUGAUAGUGUUUUUAUAUC